UUUGCAACUUGCUAGUCUUGCAGUGAACCGCCUCGGAGGAAGGUUGGCGCGAGUUCUGGCGGCUCGUGAAAAGCCCUUUGGGAAGGUAAGGAAGGAACGACGCAGGUAUGAUCAUCGAGACCGGAGCGAAGAUGGUGUUGGUACAACUUUUCCUCGUACCUUUGGCGACUGCUGUGGCGAGUGGGCGUGUAGGAGGAGGAGGAGGAGGAGGAGGAGGAGGAGAGGUUAUCAGCUCCCCCUUCGACCAGCCACACCUCCAUCCUCAUACCUUUUUGCUGACGCCGCAACUGAUCCGCAUUCGAGGUUAUCCUUCAGAGAUACACCAAGUAGUCACCGACGAUGGCUACAUCCUCGAAGUGCACAGGAUUCCCCACGGAAGGAAUGAUGUAACCAGGAACCACAAUAGGAUAUCCACUCCAGAAAGAGGAGGCAACGGAAGGCGCGAAAAUCGACGUGUGGUGUUUAUUCAACAUUGUGUGUUGUGUUCAAGCGCCGACUUUGUACUGAAUGAUCCUGACCAGGCACUAGCCUUCAUACUAGCGGACGCGGGCUACGACGUGUGGCUGGGAAAUGCGCGGGGAAAUGUCUACGGUCGACGCCAUGUCCGUCUCUCUCCCGAUCAGCGUGAAUUCUGGGACUUCAGAGGUCGACCAAAGGUACUUGAACUUGAUUGCCUUGGUGAUGCCUCAGCUUGCAUGCCAAUGCUGCUGCUGUCAUCUUCUAUGUUGCUAGGCAUAUAUUUAGCAUUGCUUAGAACCCUGGAGCGGGCGGGCGUCGUGGAGGUGGGCAUGCUCAGUGCCAACUACUCCGCCGCCACGUCGGCGCUUUGUGCCCCUCUUGUCCCCACCAAGCUCGUGUGCGACGCCAUCCGAAUGCUUGCGCUCGGCCCCAACUCCGGCUACGUCGAUAAGGCGUACCAACCCGUGAUCUUGGCCCAUAUCCCGGCUGGAAUGUCCCUGAAUGUCCUAAAACAUUUCCAACAGUUUCACACGUCGCACAAGUUCCAGGCGUAUGACUACGGUCGGCAGAGGAACAUGCAGGAAUACGGGAGCGCAGUUCCUCCCAGUUUCUCCUUCGGCCAGGUUCGCGCGCCCGUCGGUCUCUUCUAUUCCGAUGGCGACUGGAUCUCGGACACGUUGGAUGUACGACGUAUGGCCCCGGAGCUCCCUAACCUUGCCCUCGACUAUCUGGUUCCUCUCGCCGACUUCAACCACAACGACUUCCUGUGGGCUGAGAACGCCAAUCGCCUCGUAUAUGAUAGGAUAUUGAAUCUCCUACAAAAAUACUAGUUGCUUUUAAGGAGACAGAUAGUCGGCGGUUGGCGUCCCGUGGAGCAGGUGGUGGCAGCACCUUUUUUUUUCGUAUUUACCGUGUUAGAUUAUUUUUGUGUUCAUGUUUAUCUUUGUUAUUGUCUUUCUUUCUUUGUUCUUAAAACCUUUUAUAUAGAGAGAUAGUGUGUGUUUACGUAGUGAUUUUUUCGUGUUAUUUAUAGAAUGGAGUGUUUGUUUGUCUACAUGCCCGGUGUUCUAC